AUGGCGCGCCCGGUGCAGCUCGCCCCGGGAUCGCUGGCGUUGGUGCUGUGCCGCCAAGAGCGAGAACGGAGUGCCGCGGAGGACGGGGAGCCCGGAGGCCGCGCGCUCUUCCGCGCCUUCCGUCGCGCCAAUGCGCGCUGCUUUUGGAAUGCGCGCCUGGCCCGCGCCGCCUCCCGGCUGGCCUUCCAGGGCUGGCUGCGGCGCGGAGUGCUGUUGGUGCAGGGGCCGCCCGGCAGCCUGCAGGUGCUGCGGGACGCCUGGUUGCGCCGGGCGCUGCGCGCACCACGGGGCUUCCGCAUCCGAGCUGUGGGUGAGUGA